CAGCUUCUUAGAAUUUAAAUACCUAGUCACAAACACAUAUGUGUCUGUAUGUGUACAUGUAUUUUAUGUUCUUGUUAUCUGGAUAGGAAUCAGACAUGGAGACAUUAAGGUCUUCUAAAAGGUACAGUCUUCUGUAUACAAUCUUGGGAUUUUGUAUGUUCACUUGCUCUCUGGAGAAUAGAAAAGCCAGGUCCAGAGAAUCAAGUCAGGCUUCUGCCUUAUGGUCCCCUUUGCUCUUGCCUUGUUAAAUUCUACAGCUAACCUGCUAGUGGUGUUUGAUCUUGGAGCUGUCUCUUCUGGGUGUUAUCUUGCUAACAAAGGGCCCACCAGGGGGUUCUUUCCAUCUGAUUUGGCAGCAGGUGGCUCUGUCCGCCUCCUCCCAGUUGCUCUGCCCAUAAAUGAGGAGUCUGCGGAGCCCUGUUUCCAGAGUCCCUCAGCUGCUGGAGCCCAGUGGAGCGCUCGUGGCAGGGGAUGGGUUGUGGGACCAGCAGGAAGGUGGUCUCAGAGCCGCCCACCCUGGCCAGCGUCAAGCACCAAGGCCAACGCCAAGGCAGCACUGGUAGUGCGGGGCCCUGGCCGGAGGGGACUGCGGCUCAGGCAGCUCAGAGGAUGCAGGUGGCUCUCUUCCGAGCCAAGUUUGAUUCCCGAGUCCUUGCCAGAUAUGAUAUCAAAGCUCUCAUUGGAACAGGCAGAUUCAGCAAGAUUGUCAGGGUGGAGCAGAAGACUACCAAGAAACCUUUUGCAAUAAAAGUGAUGGAAACCAGAGAGCGAGAAGGCCGAGAAGCAUGUGAAGCUGAGCUGAGCGUCCUGAGGCGGGUGAACCACCAUUACAUUGUGCAGCUCAUGGAGAUUUUUGAGGUCCAGGAUCGAGUGUACAUGGUGAUGGAACUGGCUACGGGAGGGGAGCUGUUUGAUCGACUCCUUGCUCAGGGAUCUUUUACAGAACAGGAUGCUGUCCGGAUCCUCCAGAUGGUGGCCGAUGGGAUUCGCUAUUUGCACGGUUUGCGAAUAACUCAUAGGGACCUAAAACCUGAAAAUCUCUUGUAUUAUCAUCCGGGUGCGGAGUCAAAAAUUUUAAUCACAGAUUUUGGUUUGGCUCACUCUGGGAAUAACAGGGGUGACUGGAUGAUGAGGACACUCUGUGGGACCCCAGAGUACAUAGCCCCUGAGGUGUUGUUACGGAAGCCUUAUACCAGUGCUGUGGACAUGUGGGCUUUGGGUGUUAUCACAUAUGUUUUACUUAGUGGAUCCCUGCCUUUUGAUGAUGAAAGCCAUUCAAAGCUUUACAAGAAGAUUCUUAAAGGCAAAUAUCAUUAUAUAGGAGAGCCUUGGCCAAGCAUCUCCCAUUUGGCGAAGGACUUCAUAGACAAGCUACUGAUUUUGGAAGCCAGUCACCGAAUGUCAGCUGGCCAGGCCUUGGACCAUCCCUGGGUCGUCAACAUGGGAGAGGGGAGUUCCAUGAAGAAUCUUCAGAGAGCUAUUUCCCGGAACCUCAUGAGGAGGGCGUCUCCCCACUCUCAGAGCCCUGGGUCAGCACAGUCUUCCAAGUCAAAGCAGCCAUGGAGCAGGAGAAAGUUAAGAACAGCAGGAUCUCCCCUCCCUGCACUUUCGUAAGCAAGUGACCUCUGAAAUCAUUUCCCCCCCAAUUUUAAGCCAGAUCCAAUGAAUUAAUUCAUACUGUUAGUUAAAGAGGGACCAUUUUAUCAUGACUAUGGGACCCUAGAGCUCAAAAGACAUGGGAACAUGGAGUUACUGUCAGAUGUUGAUUUUUACUUUUAUCAUCUUUUGCUGUAUAAUUUUUCCUAUGCAUAUUUCACCCCCCUGAAUAUGUAUUAUUGCAUGAUAGUAAGUGGUAGGUGCAUUUGUAUAACUGAAAAAGGCAAAUGAUGAUAAUUAUUUUAGUGUUGAAUGGUUUAAAUGAAACAUGAUAUUAUGGGGAUAAAGGAUAAUUAUGUGGAAGAAUAAUGAAUUAAAGACACAGACUCAAUUAGAUAUAGGGAAUAAAUGUAUUUAUCCUUGAAAAUACUGAUUUAUAUUUAAGGCCCACUGUAUGGUGUUAA